GGCACCCCUGAGAAAGUGCCUUGUCGGGACGCUCGCUGCCCGUCUCCUCGCGAGCUCGGCGACCACAACUACUGUCGGAAUCCGGACCGCGACCCACGCGGGCCCUGGUGCUACGUCAGCGGCGAGGCUGGCACCCCUGAGAAAGUGCCUUGUCGGGACGCUCGCUGCCCAGAGACCACUUCCCAGGCCCCCCCUGCCUUCACAACACAGCCUAAGGAGACGUCUGAAGUGCCAGGUGAUGAUGAGGUGCAGGUGUUUGCUCCUGCCAGCACCCUGCCCGCCCGGAGUGAGGCUGUGGCUGUGCAGCCAGUGAUUGGGAUCAGCCAGCGGGUGCAGAUGAACUCCAAGGAGAAAAAGGACCUGGGAACUCUGGGAUAUGUGCUGGGUAUUACCAUGAUGGUGAUCAUCAUCGCCAUUGGAGCUGGCAUCAUCUUGGGCUACACCUACAAGAGGGGGAAGGACUUGAAAGAGAAGCAUGAGCAGAAAGUGUGUGAGAGGGAGAUGCAGCGAAUCACUCUGCCCUUGUCUGCCUUUACCAACCCUACCUGUGAGAUCGUGGAUGAGAGGACUGUCGUGGUCCACAGCAACCAGACUCCUGUGGACCUUCAGGAGGGCAGCACACCCCUCAUGGGCCAGGCUGGCACCCCUGGGGCCUGAGCUCCUCCAGUGGGCAGAAGGCCAUGCGAAAACUGGUGCAGGACAGUCCACCCUCCCACAGCUGGGAGGACCUACAUUUUGUGUUGUGGUUAACACCCACCCCACACCCCCACCUCGGAUAAAUCCUCAUGAAAGAAGUAGGCAGCACUGUGGGCCGAGGGCUCAGUAGGAUCCUACCAGCGCUCCUAAUGUUCCUUCUCCAUCCCUUGGAGCAGGAGUCUGCCUGUGGGUGGAGAUAGUGGCACAGCUCCCAGGGGGUAUUGCUGACAAGGGCUUCCAGAUACUGCUUGUGUCCCUGGAACUGGACUAGGGAUAGACAGGGAGCUCCUUCAGGCUCCUCUGUGCUUUACUAAGGUGGCCUCAGCCUAUGCCUUUCUGUUCGUUCUUCAUGAGCUUGAGUGGCAUAUACUGUUAUUCAUAGUUAAGGUCAAGCAGGUCAAAAGGUAGCAUUGAAAAAAAUGUAUAUUUAGUUUUUAAAUGUUAAGGCUGGAACUUCCUACUGUAUAAGUCCGAAUUUGGGGCUGAGAUUGGGAUCUAGGCUUGGGGCUGCUGGGUGUGCUCCAGCUUGCUGGCAGUAAUGUGCCUUGACAACUGUGGGCUGGACCUGGGCCCAGAGACUCUUCCUGUUCUGUAGGUAAAGGAAGGGAAUAAUUGCACUAAACAUUCCAUUUAGGAAGAGGGUAGAGAAGGAUCAACUCCUGCCUUAGGCCUCAGGGACAGAGGUGGACCCGGGGUGCCACAGACCAUCUCUUCUGGGGUGGGUGGUGACCUCUCACCAUUUUGCACAGGUAAGAGGAACCAGUUAACCCAUGGGGUUUAUACACUGUGGGGCGCAUUGAGCUCAUGCUAGGUUAACUUGCAUAAUGAGCUCAGAGGCAAGCUAACAAAGCACUUCAGAACUUUCCCCUGUAGCGUACCCUAAUUGAAAGUGACCCUGUGGUUUCCAGGCCACCACCUUCCAAUGAGGCAAUGGGGCUGAUGUUAUAACCCCUAACUUGUAAAACAAUCAUAGAACCAUUGGAAAGGACCUUCAGGUUCAAACCUUUUGGACACAGGAGCCCAGAGAGGUAAAAUGACUUCCCAAGGUGAUAGAACAAGCCAGGAGAAGAGCCCUCAGCUUCCUGACUGAGCAGUUCUUUCUCCACUGCACUUGAAUCUCAGCAGGCCCUCCAGACCCUGAUGUCACAUUUGAAGGCCUUGGCAAUGUUCCCUGAAGAGAUUCCUUGUUAAGAGUCCUUCCACUGCCCAGUGUGGAGAGGGCAUAAAGUGGAGCCCAUUCUGUUCAGGAGGGUGCUCCCUAGAGCCAUUUGCUCUGGGGACCUAGGUCUCAGAGGGUCCCUUGGUGUUAGUGACUCUGGAGAAGAGAACAUUACUUGUUUCUACUUUUCUAUAAGCAUUUCUCUGUAUACAUGUUUUAUAUACCUCAUUCUCACAUCUGUGUAUAAAGUAUGGGAAACUGCUGUGCAUUUGACUUAUAUAAAAACAAAACAAAACACAUCUCCAUGUUACCAAGUUUUUGUGGGGUACCAAGAACACGCCACCCAUACCCUGGGAAGCUCUGGAUUCUUUGUCAAUACCUGUGCAGUGAGCUCUAGCUUCCUCUUUGCUCACCCUGGCUCUGUAAAUGGAAGGCAACCGCAGAAUGGUUGGAAACUGCAACCUCUGCUUCCCGACUGUUAUCACCAGAAAUCUUUCAGGUUGAAGCUUCAGGAAGGAAGGGUAGCCCAAGAA